AUGCCUCCAAAAAAGUCUACCUCUACAGCCACGAGCUCUUCUACGAAGGCCGCUGCGCCCAAGACGAAGACCUCGACCUCUGCGAAGGCGACCACUCCCGCGCCCAAGUCUACUUCUACCAAAGCUACACCCAAAGCUACCUCCAAGUCCACCACUAAGGAUACCACAAAAGCGACUCCCGCUCGCGGACGCCCUAAGAAGAUGGAAACUGAGACCGCGACAAAGGCUGCCCCCCAAGGCUUCGGUGAAGAAGGAGACUGCGGACAAGUCACCGCGUCUCGGAAGCGCAAGGCCGACGAAGUUGAGGAGAAGCCCCGUGAGAUCAAGAGGUCUCGCGUUGUUGAGCCGAAGGCACCGAAGGCCCCGAAGGCACUGCCGCCAAAGGUCGUCAUCAACAAUGCCCCCACAACACGUCUGAAUGUGUUCGUCUGUGGCGAGGGAAGCUCUGGUGAGCUUGGCCUGGGAUCGGCUAAGAACGUUAUUGAUGUGAAGCGACCGCGUCUGAACCAGCUCCUGGCUGCCGACAAGGUUGGCGUUGUCCAGGUCGCGGUUGGUGGUAUGCACUGUCUGGCCCUGACCCACGACAACCAGAUUUAUACUUGGGGUGUCAAUGAUCAAGGCGCUCUGGGUAGAAACACUGAUUGGGAUGGCGGAUACAAGGAUAUGGAUGAGGGCAGUGACUCGGACUCCGAUGACGAUGACAGCGGAUUGAACCCCCGGGAGUCUACUCCCACCGCAAUCCCCGAUACAUCCUUCCCCAAGGGUACUGUGUUUGUUCAGGUUGCUGCUGCCGAUAGCGCGAGCUUUGCGCUUACUGAUGAUGGCCUUGUCUAUGGCUGGGGAACUUUCCGAAGCAACGACGGUAUUCUCGGAUUCGAUGAGACCCAUCGCGUUCAAAUGACCCCGAUCAUCAUUCCUGCCUUGAAGAAGAUCACGACCCUAAGCUGUGGUGCCAACCACGUUCUUGCGCUUAAUGAUAAGGGCAAGGUUUUCGCCUGGGGAUCUGGGCAGCAGAACCAGCUCGGCCGAAGAAUCGUGGAACGCAACAAGCUGCAUGGACUGCAGCCGCGCGAAUUCGGCAUUCGUAAGAAGAUUGUCGCCAUUGGUUCCGGUUCCUAUCACUCCUUCGCCAUCGCUCAGACCGGUACCGUUUACGCGUGGGGUCUGAACAGCUUCGGCGCAACCGCUGUCCGUGAGGGCGCUGGUGAUGAUGAAGCCGCCAUUGUCCACCCCACUAUCGUCGAUUCGCUCUCCAACAAGGAUAUCGUUCAGCUCUGUGGUGGUGCCCACCACUCUAUCGGUAGAACUUCAGAUGGCAAGUGUCUGGUUUGGGGCCGUCUGGACGGGUUCCAGAGUGGCCUGAAGGUCGAUUCUCUUCCCGAUGAUGCUGUUAUCAAGGACGAGCGUGGACGCCCCCGUAUCUUGAUUUCGCCUACCCAAGUGCCCGGAAUCAAGGCCAAGGGUAUCGCCGCCGCUUCGGACCACUCCCUCGCCGUUGAUGUUGAUGGACGUGCCUGGUCCUGGGGAUUCUCGGCUACCUACCAGACUGGCCAAGGUACCCAAGAUGACAUUGAAGUUGCUACCGUGAUCGAUAACACCGCUACUCGUGGGAAGCAGCUUAACUGGGUUGGUGCCGGAGGCCAGUUCUCCGUGUUCACCUGCCCGGCGAGCGAGUAA